AUGGUCCCGGGCCAAUAUCUCGACCGCCUUUUUGGUGCUCGGAAAGGUCGCCGACGAACGACGAACCCCAGAGUCGGCGACCCACUUCACGGAAGCAAGCAGUCGGAGAACGAACUGGGGCUGCUGCACGCAAUAAAGUGCCAAGUCUUGGCCAUCAUUCGUAUUACCGUUUUGAGCAGCGGGCGCCAUACAGACAGACGACUUGUGACGGGAAGUUGGCUGGGGAUGAGGGGGGAAUUGGGUUUUGUCCCGACAGCUAUUCGUUACCCCAAACUCUUUCUCGACUACGUCGACUCUUGGUUAGACCCGCCGUCUUUCGCCAUCUGUCACGGGCCUCUGCGGAGAAGCUUGAGCUACGACGGAGUUGUGUGA